AUGUUUAAUCGCAAGAGAGCGACCUCCAAUCCCCCUCGGCUAGUCAAAACGGUCCCGAGUGCUGCUGCCUCUACCGCUGCUACGCAAGCGUUUCUUGCCAACCGACAUUCCAAUGCCAACCUCUCGAAUGCCGCUGCAGCCGCAGCUCUGCGUUCUCAAACGACUAGUCCGAUACUAGUCGGGCAGAUACAGACAAAGCGCAUGCAAAGGCGUGGCUCUGCGUCAUCAAAUGGCACUGCCCCCGAUCGGCCUGGACUAGGACGGCAGGGCAGCAACGGGUCGAUGACAGAGCGGACCUUUCGGGAUCCUUCACCAGGCCGUCCUGCUUCUUCACACGGGCCAUAUGCACGUCAAGAUGAGCCUCCACCAGUACCUGCACUUCCAAAGACCUAUGCUUCGCCGGUCUCCGUACCACACAAAGCCGCUCGAAGGGCAGCGAGCGUCGAGCCACCGGAGAGAGUCAGCUCUCCUCCCCCACGGCUGGCUGGAGGGCGUGGUGUAAGUCUGGAUAGGGGACCAGGAAUGUACAAGCCGAACCAAGGGGGAGCCAAGGCCAGGGUGACUAGUCUGAAUACCGUUGGCGAAUUGGAACGGGCUGGGAGCAGAGGAUCGGUCAACUUUUCGAGACCAAUGAGCCCUACAAAUUCGCCGCCGGCUUCACCAUUGGCAGGCGGUCGGGUGAGAUCUCCGCCUCCGACAAACGCUACUCUGAUAUCUGGUCUUCCAAGUCGCGAGGUUGAUAGAAUAAUGGAGUCCAUACAGGAAACAGCUGCGCGACCCGUCAAAAAGAAGAAGAAAGUGAUGGCGAAGGACAGUGCUGAGGGUAGCUAUCUUGCGACUGGCACAACCAACGGUCCGGCUCAGGGGGCUUUCUUGGAGGCGACUCCUAAGCGGCAACUACCCUCGAUCACAUCGACACCUUCACCAUCAAGUACUGGAUCCCAGCCAAGUGGUGCCGACGGGGCUUCAAGGCCCAAAAAGAAGAAAAAGAAGAUCGCUCCGCAUACAAGCUCGCAAGCUCAAGAGACGGGUGAGGGGUUCGGAAGUGCUUACCCAUCUGAUACCGAUUCAGUAACAUCGGAACGUAGCAGCACAACUGAACGACCUCGGAGUCUCAAUACCAGGGCAGCUGGUAUUUUAGCCAAACAGCCUUCAGUUGUGCGUGAAGACCGUGAGGCCGAAGAACAAGAGGAGAGGCAUCUACCAACGAAGAAAACCAACGGUCAAGUGAUCAAGAGUGGUACUGCUUUUGUCGGAACGCCAGCAAACACGUCCAAGGUUGUGUCAAAAGAACGUCAGCACAACAGGUCUGCAAGUCAACAGGCUGCCCUGCAAGGGCCGAAGCGGACUUCUUUGGAUGUGCCAGGCGCAGCUAGACCUCAGUCGCUGAGCCCAGCCAGAGCUGCUCAUUUCUCGUCUCAGCCGGAAUACGAGACUCCAGAUGGCACAAAGCACCAGCCGCCAGCACGUUCAGUUUCGCCAGCCAAAUCUGCCCUGAAGCAUUCUCCUUCCCGUGGACCUUCCCCUAUCGGAGUCAUAGUUGGAGGCGAGAGUCGGCGGCAAGGUCUUGCCCCCAGUGAAGCUUCCGACACUGCGUCGAACAUCUCAGAUGAUGGAUUAAGGUCCGUGCCGAAGAAGAAAAAGAGCGCGCGAGUCAGCUUUGACGACGACUCCGUUGCUGUAGGCCGUGCCGCAAGCCCCCCUAUGAGCCCCGACUCACCGGUAAUACUUAGCCCGCAGAGCAAACCCAAGUCUCGUAGUUGGUUUGACCUCGUUCGAGAGAAGAACCAGGAGUCGAUGAUGUCUGAUUCGGACCAAGACAGCGUCAUCAAACCCACCCCGGCUUUACCUUCUUUCGGACCUAUACGCAGUCGCAACGAUGAGCUAGCGCUUGACUCUGCCGAAGAGCAGAAGCCUAGCGGAGAUGGGGCGAAUGACACGCUGGGCAGCAUGGACACUUCCACAGACCAGGUCGUUGGAGGCCUCUUGUUGCACAACGCAGCAACAAAGAAUAACAAGGAUGGUAUACAGCCAAUGCCGUAUCAAGGCUCUCAAGACCCCGUGCCUCCGGAGGUCACAUCUGUUGAGGGAAGUGGAUAUCAUUCUGAUGAAGAGAAUAACUUCCUCGACGAGCAGCAAGAAGUCAAGCGCCCGGGGACCAAAGAAGGUGCUCAUCAAGUCUCUGAUGACGUUCUUAGUCAACAAACGGCUUCAUCCGAUGCGCCAACGGCUGAGCAGCCAAGCGCGGAUGUCCCCACUAUUUCUCUUCAACCAGCUACGCCGGCGCUGGAGACCGGCCGUAGCGAGCGGACCUCAUGGCUUGGGAUGCCCGGCGGGUUUCCUUCAGCUUCGGAAGCCGCAGAAAAAUCCAACGGUUCCGCUGCCACUGUUGCAGAGACACAUCCCGAAAUAACACCAGCAACAAUCGGAAUUGCAGAACCAGAGCCAGAAGCUGCAGCUGCUCAGCAUGAUCCAGGGAGUCCGCAUGUUGGUGAAGUUGCAGAGGGUUUGCGGACACAGAUCGAGUCGCAGAGUGGCGACGAAUCCGAGGACACAGGCGGCAGUAUCUACAGCGAUGCGGCAGAAGACCCAGAUGAUCUUGACGGCGAUGGAUUUGGUUCUAUUAAUGCCAUAGUUGAAAGUCCAGCAGCAAGUCCAAUCAUAGCCGUCGCUGGCAGACCGCCGCCUGUCAGUCCCACCAACAUGGCACCUAUUGCCAAGACUGCACGGCCUAGCCCGUUGGCAAGGAACGAGAGUGAGCUCUCGGAGCCUACAUCGGACGCCGGAUGGGACCGGGCACAGGCAUACUGGUCAGGACUGAGUCAGAAUAGGAGACAGCAAUUGGAGCAGGCAGCUGCACCUGGAGCUCCUGAUAAGACUGUUAUCCCGAACAAUUCGACGAGGGGCUCAGAGUCAGUGAAGAAGACAAAGAAGAAAGUUUCCAAAACGGUUUCCAAAACGUCUACUUCAGGCCCAGAAACGAAUGAUCCGGCAUUACCGCCUUGGCCGGACAACCAAUACCGUAACGAUAUCGCUAGGCCAGCAUCGCCUAAAGUACCACCGCUCAAAUCGGCAUUGCGAAAUACACAGGCAGAUAAAGUACAAGAAACCAAUAUGCGCUCCUCAAUGCGCAAUGGACCAACUCCCAAGUCAGCAUUGCGGAAUGGUGGUCAGGUUGAUAACACACAAGAAACCCAUAUGCGCUCCUCAAUGCGCAAUGGACCACCUCCCAAGUCGGCGUUGAGGAAUGGUGAUCAGAGGAAUAGCGUGCAGUCACAGCCAGAGCCAAGAGGCGCUUUGCAGAAGAAGAAUCGUCCAGUAUCUGCGGUGUCUAUGAUUGAAUACAACAAGCCUCGAGCUUCACCUGCGCCUACUCACUCACGAGCUGCGUCAAGUGAUACACCAGCAACAUCUCUAACACCUACACUAGCCCAGCCAAAGAAUAAGAAGCCAAUAGCGAAGCCGAAAUGGAGUCGGAAUGACAGCGACUCUUCCAGCAGUUUCAAAAAGGCCCGAGCCUCCGCACCCACCGCAACUUCGAACCGGUACAGCAUGAAGCGGACGAUGAGACCUACAUCAGUGGAUGAUCGACCUCAGUCUCUGGCUACUACACAAUCAUUGAGUGGCCGUACAUCGUCGCCCACGGGCUCCAUGGCACGGCGUCCAUUCAGCUCAGUGGGCCCGGGCGGCAAUGGUAUGCGAACGUCCAUGCGAGAUUCCAUCGACUCAGGCAAGCCUGCUCGGACAACCCUUCGAGGAUCAAUGGAUUCAAAGCGUCCCAAAUCUCCCUCACGGUUCGGCUUCGGCAAAGCUUCCAAAGCUAAGCCAGUAGAUUCGAAGCCAGGCUCUCGUUUCACCAGUCGUUUUGGCGAUUCCAGUGACGAAGAGGAUGGCCGACCAAAUCUGGGUAGCCGCUUCGCAGACUCGAGUGACGAUGAGCCCGACGAAUUUACACCAGUCCGAGGUAUACCCAGACGCAUUGAUGAGGGAGACUCAACCGACCUCGAAGACAGCUCUGUAGAGAAUGGAGCCACGCCUUCAAAACCAAAGAUGAACGACGCCAAAACUCCCGCGACCAUGAAGCCUGAGGGUUUGGCUCUCGCAACUGGCUCAUUACGCGCUGCUUCUGGUGAUGGGCCCACCACAGUCAUGGGUUCCGGCCUCCAAGCCAAGAAGGCCGCCGAAAGAGAGAAUAAGAAGCGGUCCUUUUUUGGAUCGCUUGGCAGUAAAAAGCGUGAUUCAUCGAACGUACGCAUACCAGAUACUGAUAGUGCUGCUCGCCGCGACGGCGCUUUGGAGCGCGCAAAAGCAGAGACACAAGUGAUAACGCCUUCCAAGGGUGGACGUUUAUUAGGACCCAGCUCCCCAAAAGCAGAUCCUAUCUCUCUACAGCCACCCGCCGUGGCUUCACAGACGAGCACAGCGCAAAGCUCUCCUAAAAGCCCAAAGCUUCAGCGAAGGAACACUCCUAAACGACUUUCCAGCGCCAACGACAUCUCUUGGCCGCUGGCGCAAAGUCCGGGGGUCACAACAGGGAUCGCGGAGAAUCGGCCACAGACUUCUGAUGGUCAGCCUAAGCCUAUGAACGCUGCGGCGGGCAGACCAGACUUGGGCACGAGAAGGUCGACAGUGCGGGGCGAAGGUGCUAACGUGGCUGGUACGGCUAUGCCUGUAGGAGCGACUGGCAAGAAGAAGAGGUUCCCAAUGUUGAGAAAGGCGUUUGGGUUGCAUGACUGA